CCGCAGGGUAGGGGUUUAGUCGAGUUGGCGCAUUGUCACACACAGAUGUGCCUCUUUACCCUGACACAACACCGUGACGGACUCAAACUCAAGACCCACAGUCACUCAGGUUACAUUCACAAGGCGUAUAACAGCCCCGAGAGUCCUGUCAGAUUGUGUACCGCUGGAGCCCAACUUCCAGAAGCCACUUUCCUAAUUCUCCAACCAAGCCUUAUCGUCCGCGACGUGUCCUCGGAGCAUACAGCUGAUUUAGCAGAAUAAAUAUCGGAGAGUGCCCGGGUCGGGACUAGGGAAAACUGUCUUCUCCUCACAAGCAUAGGUUUAUUCGCCUUUUUUUCCCGAAGACGCUGUCAGCGAUUUCCCUCUGCAUCUCCUGGUUCACGUUUUGGAAGGGGACAGUAGUGCCUCUGCCUGCAUUCAUAUCCCGAGACCGACGGUGUGUUCCAAAGCAACGUAUUCUGUUCUGCUCUGACAAGGAACGUAUUUUCUCAUUGAACCAGACAGUGUUCAUUUCUCAGGAUCAAAACCUGAAACGAAGACGCGUCUCCGUUUUCAAUCAAAUGUCAUAAAACUCUUAUUGCGCACGAGUCAAUACUUUUCUUGCGGGGACGACGCCGACUUUUUAAUUACUUCAGACUGUAAUAUAUCAGGGGAGAAGUCCCCCACUUGAGGGCGAAAUCAGACAUUCGAGGACGGCAAGUUCGAGAGCCCAGGACCCGGGUCUUCCAUAUACAACAUGCAGAAAUGUCCGAGGAGGCAGGGUUGGAUGUGAGAGGCAGCAGCGAGGAGAGAAGCAGCCAGGCGCCCAGAGACCCAGAAACCGAGAGGGCACCAGAGUCCACCCUGAGCGGCACCGCCAACACCCCGACUACCACCUCUACCAGCAGCAUCACCUCCAACCAGCACCACAACAACAGCGCUAGCCCCACAGCCGUCUCCAGCAGUAGCAGUAGCGGUGGCUCCAGUGGUGCCAUAGGUGUUAGCAUAGUUAGCCGCAGCGCUAAGGGAGCAGAGGGGAGGUCCUCCAUGCAGUUCAGCACCAGACCUCCCAGUGCUGAGCCCGGCUUCAUGGGGACAUGGCAGCAACAGAGCACUGACCAGAGCAACCUCCUCUUCAGAAUGUCCCAGCAGGCGGGUGCUGUAACGCGGCUUCCUCUGAAGUGCGACAGGUCGACUAUGGGCCGAGACCUUACAGACGAGGCCAUUCGCUGCACUCUGGUGAACUGCACCUGUGAGUGUUUCCAGCCAGGAAAGAUCCACCUGCGUACAUGUGACCAGUGCAAGCACGGCUGGGUGGCUCACGCGCUGGACAAGCUGAGCACGCAGCACCUGUACCACCCCACCCAGGUGGAGAUAGUUCAGUCCAACGUGGUGUUUGACAUCAGCAGCCUGAUGCUGUACGGGACCCAGGCGGUGCCGGUCAGACUGAAGAUCCUGCUGGACCGUCUGUUCAGUGUUCUGAAGCAGGAGGAGGUGCUCCACAUACUGCACGGCCUGGGCUGGACCCUGAGGGACUAUGUCAGGGGUUACAUACUGCAGGAUGCUGCGGGCAAGGUGCUGGACCGCUGGUCCAUUAUGUCUCGGGAAGAGGAGAUCAUCACCCUGCAGCAGUUCCUUCGUUUCGGAGAGACCAAGUCCAUCGUAGAGCUGAUGGCCAUCCAGGAGAAGGAGGGUCAGGCGGUCACCGUGCCCUCCUCCAAGACCGACUCAGGCAUCCGGACGUUCAUCGAGAGCAACAGCACGGGACGCGGCCGAAGCCCAGGCCUCCUCAACCACAUGGAGACCAGCAGCCCGUCCAGCAUCCACCACUUUGAGAACAUCCCUAACAGUCUCGCCUUCCUGCUGCCGUUCCAGUACAUCAACCCUGUGUCGGCCCCCAUGCUGGGCCUGCCCCCCAAUGGCCUGGCGCUGGAGCAGUCGGGCCUCCGGGUCCUCCACGACCGGGAUCGUGAGGCCAGCCUACCCAACCAGGGCGAGCCGGUGGAGAGCAGCGAGUCCGAAGUAUCCCUCAGCCCUUUCCGCAGCAGCGGUCAGAGCCCCAGCCGCAUCGGAGCCCUGGGGGGCAUGAACAACACCAUCGAGCCCAAACAGGAGCCCAACAACCGAGCAUCACCUAUCUCGCCCACUCCUUCCAACCAGCCGUCCCAGCAGCAGACAGAACAGCAGCAGCAAGGCCAGCAGCAGCAAGGCCAGGGGCAACCCGGGACCCCACGGCCUAGGUCCAACUCCCUCAACGACCACCAGGCCCACCACCACUUUGUGAAGAGCGAGCAGUCCAAGAGCAUUACCCACUCAUCCUUCUCCUCCAAGAUGCACCGCAUGCGCCGCAUGGGAGCCACCUCACGCAAGGGCCGUGUGUGCUGCAACUCGUGCGGCAAGACCUUCUACGACAAAGGUACUCUGAAGAUCCACUACAAUGCCGUACACCUCAAGAUCAAGCACCGCUGCACCAUCGAGGGCUGCAACAUGGUGUUCAGCUCGCUGCGCAGCCGCAACCGCCACAGCGCCAACCCCAACCCACGCCUGCACAUGCCCAUGCUGAGGAACAACCGCGACAAGGACCUCAUCCGUGGGUCGGGCCCCGGCACGCCCGUCAUCUCCAGCGCCAAGAGCGGCUUCACCCUCACCAGUCCCGGACGGCCGCCUCUGGGCUUCUCCACCCCGCCCCUGGACCCCUUGCUCCAGUCACCCCUGCAGAGCCCACUGGUCUUCCCCUCCCUGAAGUCGGUGCAGCCCAUCCAGCCGGUGCCCCCUUUCUACCGUACGCUGCUGUCCCCACAGCACCUGGUCAGUCCUCCAGUGUCACUGCCCACCAGCCCCAUCCUGCCCUCCACCACCAACACCACCUCUCUGAUGGACCAGCAGCAUCAGCUCCUGGCUGCCGCUGCAGCCGCAGCCUCCCACAACGCCCACAAUAUGUCUUCUGAAGGUGGGCUAAUGUCCCACCACAGGCUGCCCACCCCCAGUAUCCCCCAGCAGGAUUCAGCUGCUGCCACCAACACGGACCCCACGCCCAAGAAGAAGCCCCGUAAGUCCAGCAUGCCGGUGAAGAUCGAGAAGGAGGUGAUUGACGUGGCGGACGAGUACGAUGAGGACAAAGACGACGAUGAUGACGACAGCUGUCACCACCACCACCACCACCACCACCCCUCCUCCCACCUCCACCACAACAACAUCAAUGGAAACCGCAACAACAACAACAACAACAGCAGAGGAGGGAACAACAACGGCCACCACAGCGGCGGCAGCGGGCACCAGUCCCCCUCCCAGGAUGAGAUGAGCCCAGGCCUGAUGAGGGGACACCUGAUGAGGCACGACCAGGACGACUGCCGGGGAGAGGGACCCGGAGGCGAGGGCGGCAGGGGCGAGAGAGGAGGCCCAGGCGGUGAGCUCCGCUGCAUGGACAGCUUCACCUCCGAGGACCAGGACCACGAGAGAGACUUUGAGAACGAUUCUGAGACUUCGGACUCCAAGAUGUUCUACCGCGAGGAGAUGAUGGAGGUGGAGGAGCAGCACCAGAGGCUGAGGCUCAACUCCUCCAGGAGCUCCAGAGUAGGAGGAGGCAACAACCUGGAAAAGGACCAGGAGGACCUGCAGGCCAGAGAUGAGGAGGCGCAGCUGAGGAAGGAGAUGGAAGACCCCAAGAGCCGCACCUCACCCUCACCCCACCAGCCCGCCAUCAAGAUUAAGGAGGAGCUCAACGACCCCACCUACGACAUGUUCUGCAUGAGCCAGUACGGCCUCUACAACGGGGGCAUGGCGGCUGCCGCAGCCGCCGCCGCCAGCAUGGCUGCCCUUCACGAGAGCUUCAUCUCCUCCAUGAGCUACGGCGCCAGCCCGCCCAAGUUCCCCUCCUCGCACUCCCCCGAGGGAGAACUGUGCACCAGCCCCAACUCCAACGACCCCAAGAUCUGCUACGUGUGCAAGAAGAGCUUCAAGAGCUCCUACAGUGUCAAACUGCACUACAAAAACGUGCACCUCAAAGAGAUGCACGUGUGCACCGUGUCCGGCUGCAACGCCGCCUUCCCCUCCCGACGGAGCAGAGACAGGCACAGCUCCAACAUCAACCUGCAUCGCAAACUGCUUACCAAAGAGCUGGACGACAUUGUCCUGGACCCCCAACUCACGCCACUGCCCAAGGACCUGCGCGCCGAGUUCCUGGCUAAGAUCUACGCCGGGCACCACUUGGGCCUGGACGCCAUGGCAGGGGCGGGCAUUGGUGGCGCCAGCCUGGGGGGAGGAGGGCUGAACCGUGACGCCAGCUCCCCGGCAGGCACCGAUUACCCCCACCACCACCCCCUAAAUCAUCACCACCACCACCACCCCCUCCACCACCCCCUCACCAACGGCUUCUACCACCGCAGUGGCCCCCCAGACGACUACAUGGUGCUGGACCUGAGCACCGCGUCCAGCAUUCAGUCCAGCGGGUCAGUCCAUUCAUCACGCCAGUCGGACGAGGGCAGCGACGAGGGCAUCCUAUUGGAUGACCUGGAGGAGGGAGGGGUCAGCGACGGGGAGGACUGCUCCCAGCAUGCCCCGGGGCAGGCAGGGGCCGGGAGGCGGCGGGACCAGGUCGGCGAGGGAGGAGUCGGAGGAAGAUCGGAAGAAGGUCUGACCGGCACCGACCCCUCCUCUUCGCCGACCGUCCUGUCUUCCACCGGUGGAAGUGGUGGGAUCCUGUGCAGCAUCUGCCACAAAGUGUACAGCAACAAAGGGACCCUACGCGUGCACUACAAGACUGUCCAUCUGCGCGAGAUGCACAAGUGCAAAGUGGCCGGCUGCAACAUGAUGUUCUCCUCGGUGCGCAGCCGCAACCGCCACUCUCAGAACCCCAACCUCCACAAAAACAACGUGCCCUUCACCACCAUGGUAGACUAGCCCAACCCCCUGGCCCUCGUCUGGCCAACUCUAGUCCCUUCAUCGACUCCCUUCUCACCCCAAACCAUGAGCUCUUACCCCCAGGAACUACACCUUACCACCCCUAGACGUCAUGCACCACAGUUCUCUUUCCCUUCGAUGAGAUCCAGUGACUAUAUACAGUAAGCAUUGACUUUUGACCUUUCCUUCUUUGGAAGAACGAGGAUGAGACACUUGAAGUGUCUUUAUUCCAAAAACUGGCCCUGCCGGUUUCCCAUAAACCCCAUGUCCUAUUUCCCAUAUGUCUUUGUUUUUGUCCAUCUCCAAAGAAUCUAUUCAAACUCUUAUUUGUGACUGUUGCCUGCAGAAAUGAUAAAAAUAUAAAUCUUCUUGUUGUAUUUGUGUAAUGAUAGCUUUUAAAGGAAACCCCAUACAAGAGCAUGACUGCUUCAUUUGUAAAUAAUAUGUCCCAAGAGGCUAUUGGUGUAAAACAAUUGUAUUUGAUGGUUGUUAGCUAUUUUUGUUGGUUCUCUUUUUUGGUUUUUAUGUUACAGUACAAUACUUCCAGCGCUAAGGUAGGCAAGAAAGAGGUAGCAUCUUCACUAGCUUGACUCAUUUAUGUUAGUUUAAAAAACAUUUUUAAACUGAGAAGGAGAAGAACUAAUGAUCAUGUGACUUGUUGUAUCUACUUGUUAGAUAUGCGGAGGUUGCCGGCAUGCUUUUUUUUGGGCUCCUACACCAAUAUCAUUCUCUGUUCUUUUGUUUUUGUUAUCAUUUAUAGCUUUUACUAUACCAAGUCAGUUUUUCGCACUUUGCAACUAUACAAGCGGGAUGUGUAAUAUUAUUACAAGGACUUUGCGAUGUUUUUGGUUACCGCGAUGUUCGGGGUCUGAGACGGCCACAGUGCCAAGGGGAAAUGACUUAGCAUACUUGUGGCAGGUUGAUUUUUUUUUUUGCACGUGUUCAGUUUCAAAAACGCUAUUUCACAACAAAAGACCCAUAUUUCUCCUGAACGAAUCCAAACAUCCGGCCCAUUUACUCAAAUAAUGGUAUUCAGGAAAAGUCUAAGUAUUUCUGCUCUACCAGAUACAGUAACGUGACUGACCACAAGACAGCUGCUGGUUUUCAAGGCAGAAGAUUUAAGUAUUGAGGAAUUUAGUUUGUGUUAUUUUCAUUUCAAGGAGUGUAAACCCAGUGUGUGACUGUAAUAUCACAGUACUUGGCUACAGAGGUUGAAGUAGGCUAAUCUUUCUACUGCAUGUGGUAUUUGUGACCUAAAACAAGCGUUGGUUGAGUGUCCUAUUAUUUUAUACACGUUUCCAUGCAAAAAAUGGCCAUCCUAUCAGAAGUAUUGUGAAUGUCACAUUGAUUAUAAAACAAAGAAAUAGUCCUUAAACUGUGACCAAAAGAAGCAUUGGUUUUUAAAACAUCUAUAAUUUUCCGCCAUACAGUUGUACUUUAACUUACACCCCAUAAGUUGAUAUGAUGCACUUGAGUCUUAAGCAUUUUGCUAUAUUUUUUCAGUAUUGAUUUCCAUUGCUGAUUGUCAGCUUCAAAGGUGAACUCUGUGAAACUCUGUCGCCAUUGCCUGGCUGUUUUCGGAGUUAUUUGCAGCCAUUUUCCUUGUUUCCAUACACAUCUUAAGGUACAAAUGUUUCAGAUAACUAGGCAAAGUAGCCAGGGGAAGGGGUAUUUAUUGGCGGGGGAUGUCAUCUUGAUGCAGAUGUCUUGUCCAAUAUCAAUUCCUUUUUUUUUUUGAAAGAAAAGAAACAAAGAAAGACAGAUCGGUCUUCAUUUUGAGUCUGUGCCCUUGAGUUGAUGGUUAUUAUUGUGUUUUUGUCGUGUUACUAUGGUUGUGAAAAAAUUGAGAGCUCCUCUUUCUUGAUUGGUGCUUAUCUAAAGGGGAUAAAAACGCACAGUGUUACGUGGUAUACAGUAUUCAAACCCCCGUUAUAUCCAUGAAAGUGUUGGACAGUUUUUUUUUUGUAUGACUAUUUUGCAAUGGGCAUGAUGGACCCUUUGAUGGACACGUUGGUGUAAACUCUUAAGACUUCUCCUCUCUCUACCAACCUCCACGACACUGGCAGCAGGCUUCACCCCUCUCCUCUCUCUACCAACCUCCACGACACUGGCAGCAGGCUUCACCCCUCUCCUCUCUCUACCAACCUCCACGACACUGGCAGCAGGCUUCACCCCUCUCCUCUCUCUACCAACCUCCACGACACUGGCAGCAGGCUUCACCCCUCUCCUCUCUCUACCAACCUCCACGACACUGGCAGCAGGCUUCACCCCUCUCCUCUCUCUACCAACCUCCACGACACUGGCAGCAGGCUUCACCCCUCUCCUCUCUCUACCAACCUCCACGACACUGGCAGCAGGCUUCUCCCCUCUCCUCUCUCUACCAACCUCCACGACACUGGCAGCAGGCUUCACCCCUCUCCUCUCUCUACCAACCUCCACGACACUGGCAGCAGGCUUCACCCCUCUCCUCUCUCUACCAACCUCCACGACACUGGCAGCAGGCUUCACCCCUCUCCUCUCUCUACCAACCUCCACGACACUGGCAGCAGGCUUCACCCCUCUCCUCUCUCUACCAACCUCCACGACACUGGCAGCAGGCUUCACCCCUCUCCUCUCUC